GGAAGUGGGAAGAAAACAACAACCAGUUUGUUUCAUAUUCUGAGCUUUUUUUUAAAGAGCACUACUAUAUACAAUGGACGUGGUGGAGACCAAACUCCCAGGAUCCCCUGGGCCCAAAUGUAUACAUGGGGAUCAAGUAACGCAGACCCUGAGGGUGGUGAAGCAGGAGGACUGUGGGCCCCUAACAACACCCUUAACAACGUACCUGAGUUUUGCCCAUGUGAAAACAGAAGAAGAGGAGGAAGAGAUAUGGGGUGUGGCUCACCCAAGUACAGGGUUCUUCAACGUCAAGAAGGAGGAAGAGGAAGAAUUUAUAGAAUAUCCUAUACAGCCUAAUGACAACCCAAGCCCCACUUCUGACAUUACCAGCCACAGUUCUGACGACUCCAGCCCUGACAAUGGCCCUAGAGCCACCCCUGACAAGAACAACCCCCGCCAUAACAACAACCCCAGGUCUGGCCCUGCCAGUGGAGGGGCAACAGACAAGGACCCUGCAUCCGGAGAGGAUGGAGAGGAGAGGAGCCCCCAGAUCUCAGCAAACCCAGGGACUAAGCCCAACAAGACCAAAGACGGUCAUCAGAGGCCGUUCCCCUGCUCUAGGUGUGGGAAGCGUUUAUCCACCACUGUUAGCUUAGACAAACACCAGAUCAUCCACACCCGACUGAGACCGUACCCCUGCUCCGUACCGGCCUGCACCAAGAGGUUCUGCUCACCAGCCGAGCUGAAGAGACACACACUCACACACACAGGAGAGAGACCCUUCCCCUGUCCAGACUGUGACAAGAGCUUCACCAUAUUGGCUGCUUUAAAGACCCACCAGAGAACACACACAGGAGAGAGACCUUACGUCUGUGAGGUGUGUGGAAAGGGCUUCGCCCAAACGGGGAACCUGAAAUCCCACGAGCGCAGGCACACUGGAGAGAGACCGUUCUCCUGCUCCUUCUGUGGGAAGACAUUUGUAGAGUCUGGCCAUCUGAAGAAGCACCAGCGUAUCCAUACAGGAGAGAAGCCGUACCACUGCAGCAGCUGCCCAAUGAAGUUCCCUUCCUCCAGCGAGCUCAGGGUCCAUGAGAAGAUCCACAGCCAGGACAAGCCUCACAGCUGUUCCUACUGCGGCAAGGCAUUCAAACAGCUGUCCAACCUCAAGCUCCACCAGACAAUUCACUCUGACGAGAAGCCUUACGCCUGCUCCUACUGCGAGAAGACCUUCCGUGCUCAGGGGACCUUAAAGGUGCACCUGAGGACUCAUACAGGAGAGAGGCCUUACCCCUGCUUAGACUGUGACAAGCGUUUCAUCACGUCCUCAGAGUUAAAGGUACACCAGAGGAUUCACACAGGAGAGAAGCCCUUCUACUGCUUUGACUGUGGGAAGAGUUACUAUCAGCUGAAGCAGCUGAAGGAACAUAUGAAGUUCAACCCGGACCACAGCACCACACGUAGCGGACUCAAUAACAUAGAGGACGAGGACAAGCUCUACUCUACGUCACGCCAUGAUGAUGUAACGAUGUCUUGAUCAAUAACAUAGAGGACGAGCUCUACUCUACGUCACGCCAUGAUGAUGUAACGAUGUCUUGAUCAAUAACAUAGAGGACGAGCUCUACUCUACGUCACGCCAUGAUGAUGUAACGAUGUCUUGAUCAAUAACAUAGAGGACGAGCUCUACUCUACGUCACGCCAUGAUGAUGUAACGACGUCUUGAUCAAUAACAUAGAGGACGAGCUCUACGUCACGCCAUGAUGAUGUAACGACGUCUUGAUCAAUAACAUAGAGGACGAGCUCUACUCUACGUCACGCCAUGAUGAUGUAACGAUGUCUUGAUCAAUAACAUAGAGGACGAGCUCUACUCUACGUCACGCCAUGAUGAUGUAACGAUGUCUUGAUCAAUAACAUAGAGGACGAGCUCUACUCUACGUCACUCCAUGAUGAUGUAACGAUGUCUUGAUCAAUAACAUAGAGGACGAGCUCUACGUCACGCCAUGAUGAUGUAACGAUGUCUUGAUCAAUAACAUAGAGGACGAGCUCGUCUACGUCACGCCAUGAUGAUGUAACGAUGUCUUGAGCUCUACUCUACGUCACGCCAUGAUGAUGUAACGAUGUCUUGAUCAAUAACAUAGAGGACGAGCUCUACUCUACGUCACGCCAUGAUGAUGUAACGAUGUCUUGAUCAAUAACAUAGAGGACGAGCUCUACCCUACGUCACGCGAUGAUGAUGUAACGAUGUCUUGAUCAAUAACAUAGAGGACGAGCUCUACUCUACGUCACUCGUGAAGUAGUGCAGGAAAGCACAGGGUUUAGCCCAAAUGACUUAGUGUUUGGUCAUAGGGUGCGUGGGCUUUUAGCAGUGCUGCAGGAUGGUUGUUUGCCUGAGGAACCACCUCGGAACCUUAUUGACUAUGUAAAUGGUUUUAGGUUGAAGUUGUAUAGGGCGUUGUAUAGGCAAGUCAGUUUAGAACAAAUUGUUAUUUAUAAUGACGGCCUACCCCGGUCAAACCUGGACGACGCUGGGCCAAUUGUGCGCCGCACUAUGGGACUCCCAAUCACGGCCGGAUGUGAUACAGCCUGGAUUCAAACCAGGGACUGUAGUGAUGCCUCUUGCACUGAAAUGCAGUGCCUUAGACCGCUGUGCCACUCGGAAACCCCCUCCAAAAAAAAUAUAUAUUUAUCAUCCUCAGUGAUGCCAUCGAUGCCACAUCAUUGGAAAGAGAGACCAAUUGUUCAAAAAAAGAUAUCACAUUACUUUGCUAGCUCUCUACUCGUUCCGUGAUGACGUCACAGUGGUGAUGUCAACAUGUCUGUUAGAAUGUUCUGUCGUUGCACUGAACAGACACAAGGUCAAUGUUCUUUUAAGAUGCCGAUAGAAUGAUCGUUUUGAUGAAAUGUUUUGAGACAUUUUUUAGGUUGUUUAGAAACUGACAUGACAUGAGACACAUUUUACUACGUUUCCAUUAGUUUUUAUGUGUGUGAAGUCCUACUGUAUAAACCAAAAAAAGAGUGACAGCUGUGAAGUUUUUGAUACAAUUUUAUAAAUGCCGACAGAUCAUUUGUUCGUCGACAUGGUGGGA